UAGCUUAGCCAGUGCCCAGUGUUUGAAAAAUACGCGAAAAAUGUCUUCAAAUUCGUCCUCUGAAUCAGAAACCGGUGCUAGUAGUUCCAAAUUUGAUCCAAUUAAGGCUUUAUACUCGAAAAAGACUAAAGUUCCUGUAAAAAACGCUCCUAUGUACGAUAAUUUACAUCAGUUUGAAUCAGCAUUGAAAUACGCAGAAGAAAAAAGUUCUUCGAUCAUACCUGUUGGACAUCAAGAGUUGGUACAGAAGAGGGAAGAAGAAAAGGAAGUCAAACGGAAAGAAGCAGAACGAUUGUUGGUCGAAAAGAACAAACAGCGUUUUGCUCAGUAUGAAGGACUGCAAGUAGAAAGAAAGACACGCAAAGUGAAGAAUGUACUGACCCGCAUUGAGACAAUGACAGGGCCUCUCGGUGCUUUGAAGGAGUGCGUGGACCAGAGAUUAAGGAUAAAGAUAAUAACCCGCAACGCUAACGGAAUAAGAGGGGUGCUGCACGCGACCCUGGUGGCCUUCGACAAGCAGUGGAAUCUCGCGCUCACAGACGUGCUGGAGAUAUGGAAGAGAAAGGCUCCUAAGAAGAGGAAGAUACCACCUGGGUUGGGUACACCAGUCCCUAAAGGAACAGCAGCUGCAAUUUCGCCAGUGCCCGUCGUCACUGAGACACCCAUCGGUGGAGGCAUCCUGGAAUGUACCAGGCAUCUGCCGCAGGUCAUGGUUCGCGGGGAACAUAUAGUGCUGGUCAAUAUUGUUGAACGAUAGGCAUUGAUGAAGUUUACUUACUAGGCGACAUUAAAGUGUACAUUAUUAAAAAUGGUACUAAUUCUGAUCACAACAAAAUUUUAGAGCAUUCGUAUCUUUUUCUUACCGUUUACCUACACCUAGCACUCUAGCUUUACGCUUAGUUGGAGGCGAAAUCGGAAUGCUAGUCAUAAUAAUUGGCAUGGCUAAUAUUCUUUUAAAAAAAUAAAAAUAAAAAUUAUAUAGACCUAGGUAAGUAGGUAAAUUGAUGAAAUAUUGCCGCUGGCGGUCUUCAUUAUACUAUUUAUAAAGCGAAGGACAUUUUUAAAAUAGAAUGUAUCUACAUUUCCACGUGGAAAUGUACCUUAUUUCAAAUAUCCUUCUCUUGAAUAUUAACCUUUUCCUUAACCAGCGGAAUUUUCCCAAAUCCUUUAAUAGCGUUUGCUUACAUUGGCUUAUAAUAAUAUACGUUCAGCUGGUGACUGGUCUAUCAACUAACAUAAAUAACUAAACGUAUUGAAGGUGUGAAAUUUUGGUAGACAUCCUAGAUUAAAAUUGCUCAUUCUUCCAUUACGUAACUACUCACAAUAUGGGAAAAUUAAUUUACCGCGCUGACAUUAUUAGAAAAAUAAAUAAACAUUUUUUUAAGACGUAACAAGUGUAAAUUAAAAUAUUUAUAACACCCCAUACAAGUGAAGGUUACAGU